AUGGCGGUAUUGCUUGGUAGUUACACUAUACCUGUACUUGGAGUUAGCAUCGUCAUCGCCGCUCUGACCUACAUCACCUACAAGCUGCUGAGCAGCUACCUGCACCAAUGGUUUGAGAUGAAGCCUAUCCCCGAGGUGGAGGGAACGUACCCCAUCAUCGGAAAUGCACUGAUGUUCAAGAACAACGCAGGAGAUUUCUUUAACCAAAUUCAGGAACUUACCCGUGAGUUCUCUGAUAGGCCGCUGUUUAAAGUCUGGAUUGGACCGGUCCCAUUUGUGGUUCUGUAUCACUCUGAAACUGUUGAGCCCAUUUUGACCAACCCAGUUCACAUGGAAAAAUCUUAUUCCUACACCUUCCUCCAUCCCUGGCUUGGAACUGGUCUGCUCACUAGCACUGGGACUAAGUGGCGUCAGCGGAGGAAGAUGUUGACACCCACCUUCCACUUCUCAAUCCUGACGGACUUCUUGGAGGUAAUGAACGAACAGGCGGAGGUUCUGUUGGGGAAGCUGGAGAAGCAGGCAGGGAAGGGUUCGUUCAACUGCUUCAGUCACAUCACCCUCUGCGCUCUAGACAUCAUCUGUGAAACUGCAAUGGGAAAGAAUAUUUAUGCACAGAGUAAUUCUGAUUCAGAGUACGUUCAGUGCGUGUACAAAAUGAGUGACAUCGUGAGCCGCAGACAGAGGAAACCUUGGCUUUGGUCCGACUUUGUGUACAACUACUUUGGUGAGGGCCAAGAGCACGACAAGACGCUCAAGAUCCUCCAUUCCUUCACAUACAAAGUGAUAAAUGAGAAGGCGGAGAAUAUGUCCUACACCGAAUCAGACAGCGACUCUGAUCAGGGCGUGAAGAAACGAAGGGCAUUUCUGGACAUGCUCUUAAAGACCGAAGAUGAGGAUGGAAACAAGAUGAGCCAUCAGGACAUUCAGGAGGAAGUGGACACCUUUAUGUUUAGGGGUCAUGAUACUACAGCAGCCUCUAUGAACUGGGCCCUCCAUCUGCUGGGCUCCCACCCCGAGGUGCAACGCAAAGUUCAACAAGAGCUACAGGAGGUGUUCGGUACAUCUGACCGGCCUAUUACCAUGGAGGACCUGAAGAAGCUCAAAUACCUGGAAUGUGUGAUCAAGGAGACUCUGCGGCUGUUUCCCUCUGUGCCUUUCUUCGCUCGCACCAUCCGCGAAGACUGCCACAUCAAGGGCUUCAAGGUUCCUGUAGGUGCGAAUGUCGUCAUAAUCACCUACGCUCUCCACCGUGACCCACGAUACUUCCCCGAUCCCGAGGAGUUCAGGCCCGAGCGUUUUUUGCCUGAGAACUCAGUAGGAAGGCCUCCUUAUGCAUACGUCCCCUUCUCAGCUGGACUCCGCAACUGUAUCGGUCAGCGCUUUGCUGUUAUGGAAGAGAAGGUGAUUUUGGCAUCCAUUCUGCGUAACUUCAACGUUGAAGCUUGCCAGACACGUGAGGAGCUUCGUCCAGUGGGCGAGCUCAUCUUACGACCAGAGAAAGGCAUCUGGAUCAAACUGGAGAAGAGGACGCCUCAGACUUCACCAAACUAGUUCUGAGUCAGUUUGCAGAGGAAUCUACCUUCCUUUGUAUAUUAACAUCCUUACAAAACUAAACACUGUAAUGUUAAAGAAAUUAAAGCGUAAACAAACAGAAAGAAUCUUGUACUUAAAGAAUUCCAUUAAAAUGCUAGAAACAGAAAGCUUUAGGGACUUUAUAGAGUAACAAUGAAUUACUUAUAACAGUUAACUGCUCAUUUUGAAACACAUGACUGAUUAUUUACAGGGUGAAAAUGAGACUAAUGGCACUGCUGCAUUGGGUUCCGUGACUAUUUUCAAGGUCACAUGCUUUUUUACGUAAAAAAAAAAGAAGAAUUUCUCAUGAUUCAAAAACAAGCAUCUUGCAAGUCCUAAUAUUUCAUGACCUGUUUAGUGGCAUUUCUGUUAUUUUUGUCUGUUGCUGUAAAUCUGGAGGAAAUAAAGAGUAUGAGACAUGCUUUAAAUGCGCAA